UUAUAUAUAUGUAAAUGAUAAUCUAAUUUAUGUUUCAUUCUUCUAUAUAUGAUUCCACUUUCACAAAAGAAAAAACACACCAAGAGGAAGAAUUGAAGUUCCCUCGGAGCGAUGAGUCAACACAUGAACCUUCUCCUUCCUUCAUUUGAAACGGGCCAAGAAGAACACGAUGAACGCAAGACGACGGAAAACGGAGGCAUCUGUGGCGGUGUUUGGAGGUUCAGAGGCAACAAAGCGGCCAAGGAAGCAGCUAGUGUCUCAAUGAAAGGUACCCUUGCUAGGUUAUUUGACUGCUGCAGCAAAGACGUCAAAAAGACUAUCUUGCCCUUGGGUCACGGCGACCCGUCCAUCUACCAUUGCUUCCAAACUUCCGUUGACGCUGAGGAAGCGGUGGUUGAAUCCUUACGGUCUGGCGCCGCCAACUCUUACUCCCCGGGGGUCGGUAUUUUACCAGCCAGAAGGGCGGUUGCAAAUUAUCUGAACCGGGACCUUCCACAUAAGAUGAAAUCAGAUGAUAUAUUUAUAACGGUGGGGUGUUGCCAAGGGAUAGAGACAAUGAUCCAAUCCCUCGCCGGACCAAAGGCCAAUAUCUUGCUCCCGACUCUAACCUAUCCCCUCUACAACAGUCACUCAAUCCAUAGCCAUGUUGAGAUUCGCAAGUACGAUCUCCUUCCUGAUUUAGACUGGGAGAUAGAUCUUCAAGGCGUUGAGGCCAUCGCAGAUGAAAACACCAUUGCUAUGGUGAUAAUAAAUCCUCAUAACCCAUGUGGAAAUGUCUAUACAUAUGAACAUCUAAAGAAGGUGGCUGAGGUGGCGAGAAAGCUAGGAAUAAUGGUGAUUUCUGAUGAAGUUUAUAACCAGACUAUUUAUGGAGAGAAUAAAUUUGUCCCGAUGGGAAUAUUUUCAUCCAUUGCUCCUGUGGUUACACUCGGGUCUAUAUCCAAGGGAUGGCUCGUUCCCGGCUGGCGAAUAGGUUGGAUCGCAAUGAACGGUCCCGAAAACGUUUUCAAAACCACAGGGGUCGUUGAAUCCAUCAAGGAACAUCUCGACAUAAGUCCAGAUCCAUCAACAAUUCUACAGCUUGCACUUCCAAUUUCCAAACAUCUUGGAGAAGACGAAGAAAGAUUUCUUGUAGAUCUAUAUAUAUAUAUAUAUAUAUAUAUAUAUAUAUAUAUAAAUAUAUAGCAAACCUUUUUUUCGGGACUGCUGACGUCAGCUUUCAUAAAAAAAAGAAUAAAAAUCAAAUCAACGGUUAUUAUUAUUUUGUCUGUAAAAAUAACUGUAAAUGGAUGGUCAAGAUCAAUUAGAGAAAAGACUCGAUUUCCUAUUUUUCAUUUA